AUGAAGUGGCUGAUCCUCGCCCUUGCCUGCCUCCACCUCUCUGAGGGCGUCCUCAGAAUCCCUCUUAUGAAAGGCAAGUCCAUCCGGGAAGCGAUGAGGGAGAAGGGGGUGCUGCACAAGUACCUGAAGGAGCAUCGCCACUAUGACCCUGCCUACAAAUUCUUCAACAACUUUGCCACUGCCUACGAGCCCCUGGCCAACAACCUGGAYAUGUCCUACUUUGGGGAGAUCAGCAUCGGGACCCCUCCGCAGAGCUUCCUGGUGCUCUUCGACACCGGCUCCUCCAACCUGUGGGUGCCGUCUGUGUACUGCCAGAGCCAGUCCUGCACCAGCCACACCAUGUUCAACCCCAGCCAGUCCUUCACGUUUUCCACUGAGAACCAGUACUUCUCCAUUCAGUACGGAAGCGGCAGCCUCACCGGGAUUUUUGGCUACGACACUGUCACCAUCCAGACCCUUUCCAUCACCARCCAGGAGUUUGGCCUAAGUCAGACCGAGCCUGGCACUAACUUCUUGUAUGCGGAGUUUGACGGCAUCCUGGGUCUGGCCUACCCUUCCCUUUCUGCUGGGGGUGCCACCACCGUCAUGCAGGGCCUGCUGCAGGAAAACCUGCUUGACGAGCCCAUCUUCAGCUUUUACCUGACUGGGCAGGAGGGCAGCCAGGGGGGCCAGCUCAUCCUGGGAGGUGUCGACUCCACCCUGUACACAGGACAGAUCACCUGGACUCCUGUCACCCAGACCACGUACUGGCAGAUUGGGAUUGAAAGCUUCUCUGUCGGUGGCCAGAGCAGCAGCUGGUGCAGCCAGGGCUGCCAGGGAAUCGUGGAUACAGGAACCUCCCUCCUCACCGCUCCCCAGCAGAUCUUUACUGAGCUGAUGGAGUCCAUUGGAGCUCAAGCUGAUGGUGAGGGCCAGUACGUGGUUAGCUGCAGCAGCAUCCAGAGCAUGCCCACCAUCUCCUUCGUCAUCAGCGGCACCAGCUUCCCCUUGACCCCCUCUGCCUACGUUCUCCAGAGCAACAGUGGCACCUGCAGCAUCGGGAUUGAGCCCACCUACCUGGCAUCCCAGAACGGGCAGCCCCUGUGGAUUCUUGGGGACGUCUUCCUGCGGUCUUACUACUCUGUCUACGACCUGGGCAGCAACCAAGUGGGCUUUGCCCCUGCUGUGUAA